GGCAGCAUCUCUCUCUCUCUCUCCCUAUAAAUAUCUAGCUUAUGCCACACGCAUCUGGCAAAGAAAUGCCGACCUUUUAAUUCCUCCCCCGAUCCCUCGUCCCAAACCCUAGCCCCUCGUCCCUCCGCUCCGCUCGACUCAAUCUGAUCGCUCACCCUGCUCCUCUCCUGCUCCCCAUGUCGCCUUCCUCGCCGGCCGUCGCGAAGAUCUGCUUCAACUCCCAAUGCAAGGAGCCGCUGCCCGACCCGCCUCCCGCCAGGAGGAAGGGCUGGCGCCUAUGCUCCGGCGAGAUCGCCGAGCUCUGCGACCGAUGCUCCUGCACUUUCGAGCAGGGUAAUUUCUGUGAAACGUAUCACUCCGACGAUAGGGGUUGGAGGAACUGCGAAGCGUGCGGCAAGCGAGUGCACUGUGGAUGCAUCGUCUCACUCACUGAUUAUGUGCUUCUUGAUGCUGACGGCGUUGACUGUAAUGCAUUGGCAACGAAGCCUUCUGCCACGGUGAGUAGGGAAAAGGAAGAUCUCCCGAAGAAAGAUGUAUCUCCAAGGAAGCAACUCAGCGACCUCUCCCCUAUGACUUUAGUGGGCAAAUACUCUUAUCAACAAAUCAAACAUUGGAUGAUGAGUAUGAGUGUAUAUACCUUGGCACGAGAGAACAACUCGCUCUGGCAGCAAAUUUCUGAGUCAGCUGUCUCCUGUGCUCCUGAACAGAUAAAGGCUUUGUAUAGUCAAUUUCAAGAAACUCAAAGACCGGCCAAAGUCGAACUUGAGAAACCAUCCAAGUUGAAGACCGCCCAAGAUAUUUGUAAAGCGAAACUCCAGUUUGAAAUGACUAUCCGGGCGAACAUGGAAAUAGAGCUAGACGAGCAAAUUGCAAAGAGUUCACAAUUGUCCGCUCAGCUGCAGGAAUUGAAGGCUACACGCACAGCUACCAAAGAAUCGAAGCUAGCAGCUGAGCGUGCUGAGCGAGACUCCCUACGCUCGGACCUAGCAACUAUCAAAAAUGAAUUAAUAGCUGUCGCGACGGAGUUGGCCAUGUAUCGAGAGGAAAAGGAUGAAUGCUUUGAGACGUGGAAGAAAGAUCUUUUCAAAACACGGGAAUAUAACGUACUCAUUGCCCGCUGCAUCACCAAAGCCAUUAUCCUGGGAGCGAAGGGUGGAAUGGAACAAUUGAAAGUAGGUGGAUUUUUAAAUUCUGAUGUUCCUGCCAAUUGUUUGGAUCUCAAGAGUAUAAUUAGUAGCUGUCCUCCUGACCAUUUUCACGACUUACUAUAAUCUGUCCUAGUUUCUUAAUGACCUACUGUAUGUUAAACUCUAGGUUCUUGUUAAACUUGUCAAAGGGUUUGACUUUAAAAUUUGAUUGCUUACUGACUU